AUGGCUCUGUCCCUAGCCGGCGAGUCGGUCCCCGGAGACGGCAGAGACUCACUCGGGAUAAGCCCCACCGGCCUCGCCUCCUACUACCCCUCAUUCCUCCCACCCGCCCAUUACUUCGAGACGGCUCCCGACUUCUUCCAGCCCCUGAAGCCCCUGGGCGAGCUGGUUUCCUCCUCGCCGCCUCUGCCUCCAUUCACCUUCAGCAGGGUCCCCGCUUUUCUAAGCCAGCCGCCCCCUCUGCCCACCGACCCUUUCCCCAACCUUCCUUUGCCCGGGGCCCCGGGGUCGCUCUCGCCGCCCUACCCGAGCCCCCCGCACAGGGCUGCCCGCAGCCCGGGGGCAGACGGGGCGGCGGGGCAGAGCUACAGGUACCACUUCACCGAGGAGGAGCUCAACGCGGUGCUGUACGGGGCACUCCGGAGCAGCCAGCCUGCCGGGAAUCUCCACGCCAUCUCGGGGCUCCGGGUGUGCCCCGCCAGCUCGGGUAAGGGGGUAUUUGACGGCGGCGAGAGGGACACAGGGUGGCCCUGGGCGGCAGCUCGCUCUUCGCAGCCAGAUGUGCGAGAGGGUUCGGAGACAGUCCCAAAAGGCGUGCAGGCAGCCAGGUUCAAGCGGCAUCCCCGGGGGCACGUCGGACUCAUCUUCCCUGUGGUUUUCUUGCGUUACGAGCCCACACCUGGAAAAAGCCGGGGAGUGAUUCGGGUUGUGGCCUUUGUCGGGAAGGCGCUGCGGACUCCGCCGCCCCGCUGCUCGACCGGGACUCGCUGCAGCUGCCCGAAGGUAGGUGUCCCGCACCGCCCGCGCCGCGCCCGCCCGCGCCGCGCCGCGCUCAGCCCCCUGUCACCCGCAGGGCUCUCGGUGCUGCGGGUGGCCUACGGGGACGUGUCUCAGCUCGGAGUCUUCUGUACCGACCCCAUCCCGAAAGGAGUCCGCUUCGGCCCUUUCCAAGGCAAAGUGGUCAACACGAGCGAGAUCAAGACUUACGACGACAACUCGCUGAUGUGGGAGAUCUUUGAAUACGGUGGCCUGAGCCACUUUAUCGAUGGGAAGGGCGCCGCUGGCAACUGGAUGUCCCUGGUGAACUGCGCCAGGUUCCCUGAGGAGCAGAAUUUGACGGCUAUCCAGUGCCAGGGACAAAUCUUCUACGAGACCUGCAAGGAAAUCUUCCCGAACCAGGAGCUGCUGGUGUGGUACGGCGAUUGCUACGUGCAAUUUCUGGGCAUCCCCAUCAGCUUGAAGGGCAUGGCGGAGGGGAAGAAACCCCCGCAGCACCCCGAAGAAGCCGGGGAGAGCUUCAAGUGUGAGCGCUGCGGCAAAGUUUUUGCCUACAAGUACUACCGGGACAAACACCUCAAGUACACCCGCUGCGUGGACCAGGGGGACCGCAAAUUUCCUUGUCACCUUUGUGACCGAUCCUUUGAAAAAAGAGACAGGCUGAGGAUCCAUAUUCUCCACGUUCACGAAAAGCACAGACCUCACAAGUGCUCUGUGUGUGGGAAGAGCUUUUCUCAAUCCUCCAGCCUGAACAAACACAUGCGGGUUCACUCUGGGGAGCGCCCCUACAAAUGUGUCUACUGCAACAAGGCGUUCACAGCAUCCAGCAUCCUGCGCACUCACAUCCGCCAGCACUCGGGGGAGAAGCCCUUCAAGUGCAAGCACUGCGGCAAAGCCUUCGCCUCGCACGCGGCCCACGACAGCCACGUGCGGCGCACGCACAGCAAGGACAAGGGCUGCACGUGCUCCGUGUGCGGCCAGCACUUCCCCCAGCAGGAGGAUUGUGACUUCCACAUGAAGAUUCAUGCUGCUCACUAG